CUUGAAGCUGGAACUCAAAGUCAGUACGUAGCCUUAGGGCCGGGGACGCAUGUUUGGGGGGCGCUCUUCGCAUCCCGUGAGGCAUGGCUGCAAGAUCACAGGGGGUGAGCAGCCUGUACGCCAAGCAGUGGUCACACAGGGUUGGCACCCUUAGAUCUGCUUGCAAGCUGACAGGUAGAGAAUCCCCUCACAAAGUUCUUUCGCAAAACAGUUUGAGAAGCCGUCUUGAGAGGGCUUCACCGCACCAGGUGUCCAGUCUGGGAGGUAGUUGUGUUUCUUCUCUGACCUUGUUCCAGCAACGCAGAGAGCAGCGCCGCAGCCAGUACGGUGGACACAGCAAAAGGAGAUCCGCAGCUAAGCGGCCGCCCAUCCGCCAGCUGGCAAAGCAGGGCAGGAGCGGGCCUGCACAGUGCGCACCUAUUACAGUGCAAGGCCGCGUUGAAGAGCCUGCAACGUCGGAGCGACCCCUGAGCUCAACUUUUCACCAGUUUACGCCAGGAAAGGAUGAUUCCGAAGCACACGCAAGCUCCAGCUUUGCACCAGCCCCAGAGGCGCAUCACCUUGCAGGAUCAAGCAGCUCGCUGUCCCUUUCCUCUGCAAGCAAAGUUGUUCGGACUCUUCUGAUUGACAACUAUGACAGCUACACGUACAACCUGUACCAGAUGCUGGCCGUCAUCAAUGGAGCCCCCCCGGUGACCAUCUUCAACGACCAGCUGUCCUGGGAGGAGCUGCGGCCCCUGCUCCUUGGGCCAUCGCGCGCAUUUGACAACGUGGUCAUCUCGCCAGGGCCAGGGACGCCAGAGAAGCCGCAGGACACAGGCAUCUGUGCACGUGUCUUUGCUGAGUGCCCCGACUUGCCUGUCCUGGGGGUGUGCCUGGGCCACCAGCUGCUGGCGCACGUGCACGGGGCCACCGUCACUCACGCCCCGCAACCGGUGCAUGGCCGCCUCAGUGAGGUGGAGCACACUGGGCACCGCCUCUUUGCGGGCAUCCCAUCUGGCGCCACAGCGGGGUUUAAGGUGGUGCGCUACCACUCGCUCAUCGUGGACCCCAGCACCCUGCCCGCCCACCUGGUGCCCACUGCCUGGACCGUGCCGGGGGCGCAACCAAGCAGCAACGCCGAACCAGCCAAAGAGAGCACUUCCGCAAAAACGAUGGCGCCCAUUAAUGGGAAAGGCAAUCACAGCUCCAAUGGCCUGCACUCCGCAGGCAACGGUGGGGCUGAGUUGUUGCCCCUUGAGGAUACACGCUUGCCGACAGCUGGCGCACCUAGCUUUGCCUCAAAAAUCACGGCCAGAGGAACGGGUCCCGAUCUAGUUGCUGGGGGGAUCCCUCGGGGGUCUCUCCUGAUGGGGGUGUCACACCGGUGGCUGCCCCACCACGGGGUGCAGUUCCACCCGGAGAGCAUCGCUACGGCCUACGGAGAGCGGCUGCUGCGCAACUUCUUUGAGAUGACCGUGGAGCGCUGGAACGGGAACCCUGCCGGAACCAGCAACGGACAGCACGCUCAGCUUGUGAACGGGCAGCACUCCAAGCGGCUCGAGGCCCUGUGCCAGGGCGGGGAGUGGCUCUGUUCGAUCGACAACUCUGUCAACGGGCAGGCCCGAGAUUCGGAGCAAAGCAUGGGGGAAAAUGGCGGUCAGGACAAGGGAUUUUCUGGAGUGCCGGCGCAGUUGGGCCUUGCUCCUGAGAGGACUGACUUACCACUUGAGGUCCAGCCAGGGCGGCAUCGCGUUGUGUGGCAGAAGCUGGCGGACGUCCUCACGGACGGCUGCGAUUCGGAAGAGCUCUUUAUGCAGCUGUACGGGCGGGCGGGCGGGGAGGAGGCCUUCUGGCUCGACAGCUCAAGCACGGCUGCGGGUCGGGGGCGUUUCUCGUUCAUGGGCGGGAAGGGUGGCGACCUGUGGCGGAAGGUGACGUACUUUCUCGAGGACGCAGCUGAGCAGCGACCGGAGGCAGGACCAGUCGGCGGGCGCCUGAUCGUGCAGGACGCGGGGGGGAAGGAGACGGAGGAGCGGCUAGCUGGCAGCAUCUUCGACUAUCUGGAAGAGGAGUUGCGGACUCGGCGGUGCCCCCCCAGCGACGUGAGCGCGCUGCCGUUCGACUUCUGCGGGGGCUUCGUGGGGUACCUCGGGUACGAGCUCAAGCGCGAGUGCGGGGCCGCCGCUAACAAGCAUGCGUCGCCGUUCCCGGACGCAGCCUUCUUCCUCGCGGACCGACUGAUCGCCGUGGACCAUACCGAGGGGGACGUCUAUCUAAUGGAGCUUGUAGAUACGAAAACAGGCCAGGCGGCAGAAGCGUCUGCGGCAGGGUCAGAUGACGUAGUCGAUUACGCCGAGGGUUCUCGUCAAAUCGUAGCCAGUGCAGUUAGCAAGGAAGGGAAUACCUUGGAAGAGAGCGAGAAUGCAUCUAGGCGUCCAGUCAACACGUCUUGGAUAGACACAACGGCUGAUUUUAUAAGAACACUCUCGGAGGCCGCGAAAAAGAAAUCAACGAUAAAUGAAGUUGGGAACCACCGGGAUGCCUCAAUACCAGCAGAAGCAAAGGAUAACCGACCAGCAGAUGGCGUCGCCGGCACGACAGCGUCUCAGUACGUUGCAGACGUGCAGAAGUGUAUGGACGAGAUUCGAGACGGCGAAACCUACGAGGUGUGUCUGACCACGCGGCUGCACCCUGCUGCUGCCGUGGCCGACCCGCUGUCGCUGUACCGGCACCUGCGGAACGUCAACCCGGCCCCCUACUCGGCGUGGCUGUCGCUCGGCGCGGCCGGCCCCGCGGUCGUCUGCUGCUCCCCGGAGCGCUUCCUCAAGCUGGACCGCCACGGCGUGCUUGAGGCCAAGCCCAUCAAAGGCACGAGCCCCCGCGGCGUUGACGCAGCGGAGGACGCGUGGUUGCGCGAGCAACUGCGCACAAGCCCCAAGGAGCGUGCAGAGAACUUGAUGAUCGUGGACCUGCUGCGGAACGACCUGGGCAAGGUGUGCCAGGUGGGGUCGGUGCACGUGCCGAGCCUGAUGGCCAUCGAGUCAUUCGCGACGGUGCACCAGCUGGUGAGCACCGUGCGCGGGCGCAAGCGGCCCGACGUGGGCCCGCUGGCGUGCGUGCGGGCAGGCUUCCCGGCGGGGUCCAUGACCGGCGCCCCCAAGCUGCGGACGAUGGAGAUCAUCGACGGCAUUGAGGACAGCGCGCGUGGAGUGUACUCGGGUGCGCUGGGCUUCUUCUCCGUGAACGGCACCUUCGACCUCAACGUCGUCAUCCGCACUGCCACGUGGCACGAGGACCGCGUUACGAUUGGUGCUGGGGGCGCAGUGGUCGCGCUUUCGGAGCCGGAGGCUGAGUAUGCAGAGAUGCUGCUCAAAGCGCAGGCGCUCUUGAAAGCCAUCAAAGCGACUAGCAAAGCGGGCAGGAACGGGUCGCCAGUAGCAGCAGCUAAGUAAUCAGGAGUGCCGAGCUCGUGAUUUUGGAGUUAGUGAUGAGAAGGCCACCCCUUCUGGCACCAACGUCAGCCGCAAUCUCUGUUGACCGUGGCGAGCAGCUGUUCAGUCUUGCGCCCGCUUCGUUUUGAGGACGUGGCAUGCCCAAGGCGGCCUCACCGCACGCAGUGCUCCGCAUAUAUCCCAGCACGCGAAGUUUGCCUCGUCGGGUAUGACAAGAUACAUAUCGUGCUUUGUCGAUCACGCAGCAAGUCUGGACUGACAGGCUGACACGUCAAAUUGUUUUCUAGCUUGCGAGGCCUUCAUAUCUAAGGUGUGAGUUCAGAACUUCGACCCGAGGAAUUGGACCAUACGACAAAAGGAUUCCAACCUAGAUAAAAGAUGGUCGGCAAACGAUCGAACUCCCGUCUCACGUGACAAAGAAUAUUGUGCUUCUUGCAAAAGCGG